AUGGUCAACACACGCAAAGAACGCAAAGCGGCCAACAUCAAGCUCAAGCAGCCCGAUCGCUCCGGUCCGUCCGACAAGACAUUACUCGAACUAGCCCAAGAACGGUCACUCUUUGACAUGGCGGAUGCCAGGCAGCGCAAACUCAAGAAGGAUGCACAAUUAAAGACAAAACAACAAGGAGAGGAUAUCGAUAAAGAGAUUGGACCAGAGACAACGGUGGACCGUGUCAUGGAGACCAUACUCUGGAGCGUGAGCCUGGCCAUGAUGCACUUCACGCUUGACGUGCUAGUCCAGCAUCAGUAUGCAACAGAUCUUUCUUGGCCGACGGUCUGUACUCGAGGUGCCAGGGCACUUGCUGUAUUUCUUCCUCUUUUCUACGUCCUGCACCCUCACGCCUCGUCUCCCACUCUGUUGCCCGGACUUCCAGGCCGAUUCCAAGACCCCUUACGACAGUCUAUUUUCUUCAUGACCAGCGUGUGCUCGGGUUGCUACCUAAUACACAUCUCGAAUACGUAUGCGUAUCUAGCUGUAAUGAAGCAAUCCCCUCCGCUUGGCUGCCUUUGGGUUUGGUCUGUGGUUGAGCUGAAUCUCAUCCCGGCCAUGGCAUCAUUCGCAUGCGCAGUGGCGUUCAUGUGGUUUGGAGGUUAUACAUUUAAAUAA